AUGUUGUCCUAUCCCAAUCCCCAUCCCAAUCCCAAUCCAAUCCCAAUCCAAUCCCAAUCCAAUCCCAGUCCCAGUCCCAGUCCCAGUCACAGUCCCAGUCCCAGUCCCAGUCCCACUCCCAGUCCCAGUCCCAGUCCCAGUCCCAGUCCCAGUCCCAGUCCCAGUCUCAGCCCCAAGUCCCAAUACGAAUCCCAAUCCCAAUUCGAAUCCGAAUCCGAAUCCCAAUCCCAAUCUAAAUCUCAAUCUCAAUCUCAAUCUCAAUCCCUAUCCCUAGCCCCCUAUCCCUAUCCCUAUAUUAGUAUUCAGUAUCUGGAGUCACUGAAAAGUAGAGGAGAGAUGUAA